GGUUAAUUUUUGUUGUCUCGUUGCGUUGCUCGGUCGUUUGUUAUGCCUUUUUCCGGAAGUUCACAGAACGAAAAAAAAUGCCUGGAAAACGAAAACGACUAAGCCCGGAAGAGGCACUGGAGGUGUUUUUUUAGUUUGCCAGACGAUCCAAAUGACAGCGCCGAUGAGAACGGUGACGGCUCUGAGGAUGAACUUUUGGAUCUAGACCCCGACGAGUGUAGAGAGGACGAGGAUGAGGACGAAGUGCCAUUGGCUGCUCCCUGCACAAGCAAGCGCAAGCGAAAGCCACGCAAGUCCUACACGGGAAAGAGGAAAAAGCAAAAAAGAAGCGAGAGGACUGAGCCAGACCCUGAAGACGACGAUACAGCAGGCGAUCAGUGGAAUACGUCACCUAUCGUUCCUCCCGCUACCAGCAAUUUGGGACCUACUUGCUCGCAGCGGCUCAGUGAGCAAAGCACAGCGCUGGAUGCCUUUACACUGUACUUUGAUGAUAAGGUUAUGCAUCACAUUGUGGAGCAGACCAAUCUCUAUGCGGAGCAAACGAAUCGAAGAGGGUGGACGCCUCUGACACUCGACGAGCUUCGAGCGUACAUUGGACUACUCAUGCUUAUGAGUGUCAAUCCUAUGCACCAGUUGCACAUGUAUUGGAGCUCAGAUAGCCUCUUUCGCACAGAAGAGAUCACGAGGGUGAUGACGUACAAACGUUUUCAGAUGAUAACGAACUGCCUUCACCUGAAUGAUAACGCCAAGAUGCCAGAGCAUGGAACGAACGAUUUUGAUCGUGCCUACAAAGUGCGCCCUCUCAUCAAGAUGAUGAAUGAAAAGUUCCACUCAGAGUACAGCCCGUCCAGUCAUCUUGCUGUGGAUGAAAGUAUGAUCUUAUUCAAAGGACGGUCAAGCAUGAAGCAAUACAUGCCCAUGAAACCAAAAAUAAAAAGAGGGUUCAAGGUGUGGUCAUUGGCAGACUCCCAGACAGGAUACCUUCUCAAGUUCCAACUGUACGAGGGCAAGAAUGCCGAGAAGCCACUUGACAGAACUUUGGGGGAACAUGUCGUUCUAUCACUUGCCGACGGAGCCGUUUCAGUCGGCUCACAGUUGUUUUUUGACAACUUUUUUACGUCAACAAAACUGCUUCAGGAACUCCGCAACAGGGACAUUCUAGCCUGUGGAACAUUCCGCACAAACAAGAAGGACCUUCCGCCUGAGGUCAAGGUCGACAACAAACUUGAAAGGGGCUCCUAUCUUUGGCGAAGAAAAGGGGACGUUGUCGCAUACCAAUGGAGGGACUCAAAAAACGUGCACAUCAUGUCAAACUACCAUGAUCCUGAGAGCACACUCGAAGUCCAGCGAACACUGCCAAAUGGCAAAAAGAAGGCAGUGGAGUGCCCCGCAGUGGUAAAAGAUUAUAACAACUGGAUGGGCGGAGUCGAUAAAUUCGACCAGAAACGCAACGCAUAUGCCGCAGACCGUCGCUCGAAACGCUGGUGGACUAGGAUUUUCUACUUCAUUCUGGAUGCUGCAGUCGUCAACGCUUUCAUUCAGAUCAGCUGUUUGGAACCAGUCGUGUACCUGCACUUCCGCCUGAAGCUUGGACGCCAGCUGAUCGCGCAGAACAGCUUCCGGAAACGAAGGACGAGCCUAGUCACCCACCACAACAAACGGGGCAAGAAGAAUGGCCAUGGGAUGAUCGGUGUGCCUGAGGAGCUUCGGUUCGCUGGUAAUGCACAUCACCCCAUCUUGACAGAAACGCGUCGGAGGUGCCGCUGGUGCUCAACAAAAGCCAAAGAGGCUCGCACUAAGUAUAUGUGCAGUGUGUGCAAGGUUCCCCUCUGCGCAGUGUGUUUUGGACCUUUCCAUAGCCAGUGAUGGAGUACCUGAAGUGAGCUGUGGGACGCCCCUGUCCCACUUUGUCAAAGUGACCUAAGCGGCUCAUGGGACAAUUAGGUCCCACUUUUUUCUCAGCUGUGAAAUGUCUGACUGCUUCUAUGUUUCUUUUUUUGCAAAUAAAAUGUCUCCAGAAGGACACUGGAAACAUAAAAAAUCA